GUAAGGUCUCAAUUUUUCUUUAGCAAAGGAAACAUUCGUUGGGGUUUUUGGGCGCAGACGGCCUGAACGUUUGUGCAGCUUUCGGUGGUGCCUCCAACACUCGUAGAACUCGUCGCUUUACGGUUUUCGGCUUAAAAAAAUCGUCAAGUCAAAUUGAUUGAGCGUCGUUCGGCCUUUGUCUCUCUGGUGUGCAUCUGUGUUUGUCUUUGUGUGUCUGUGUGUGCGUGUCUCGGCUUUUCUCGUGUAGCUGUCGUGUAGGAGCAUCCUCUUAACUUGGACCAAGUAUUGGAGUUGAAUUCGCUGUGGAGAUCUGCUCGCGUAGCUUGUUGUCGUUCUCGGUCACGAUAAAGGAUCGCAACCCUGCGUAGGUGUUGUAAGCAGUGCCGUGCGUCUCCGCAGCGCAGUCGCAUUCCUGUAGCUGUCGACUACCCACGCUGCGCCGGGGUCCUAGAGAUCCUUGUAGGCGGCGCUGAGAGUCUUGCUGUUGUUGCUUUUCCUCCCUCUCACUCGUGCCUCACCUCGAGUAGCAUCGCUGCCCCGCUCUCCUUUGAGCAACUGCGUGAGGCUGCGUGUGGGUGCGUGUGUGGCUGCCGCGCUCUUCAGGCCGCUCACACCUGUCCGUCUUUUCUUUUUAUUGUUUUCUGGUAAGCCGCUCGCUUGCCGGUGACGUUUGCUCAACUUCAACUUUGGUCUUUCAAAGCAAAAGGCGUAGGAUGCCAACGGCACAUCACUACGAGGAUGCCGUGCUGAAAGGCACUGCGCUGGUGCUGCUCGACCUCCCGGCGCCGCUGCGAGGCGCAGUGCUGCCGCUGCGCAAGCUCUUCGACGACUCCUACCCGCACAACGGCAUUACCCAUAUGCUGCUGAACUCAUCCCCCGUCCUCAGCACCUCCGGCGAGGGCGUGAUGGAGUGCGGAGCUGUCUUUUUCAAAUCCGCCAAGGCCACCUGGGACCUGCUGGACAACGUCGAGGUCGUCCUUCGCACGGAGGACGGCGCACUUGAGCUGCGCCGCGGGUACCUGAAGCUGGGCGAUGAGAAGAUCUUAGUGGAGGGGGUCGUGACGUGGGGCGUCGGCGGCCGCGAGCGACCACCGCUGCCGCUGCAGCGCAGUCCUUCCGCCGCUGCCCCGCCUGCGCCUGCGCCUACGCCUGCAGCGGCACAGGCACCGGCACCGGCACCGGCAUCGCUACCAGCGUCUUCGCAACGCGCUGUGGUGGCUGCAUCUACAGGCCCGGGUGCCACCUCAGCGGGCCAGACCCUGGAGAAAAGCACCGUCGUCGUCUCCAUACACUUCAAGGAGGUGUACAACCGUCACCGCAACAUCCGCGAGGAGGAUAAGCGCGCCGUACGCGGCGAGCUGCCCUCCAUGUUUCCGCUGUCUCCCUUCAUGGUGCACCAGAUGCUUCUCGCAGAGUGCCAGCCACGCAAGAUUGUGUUGAUCGACUCCCGCCGCACGACGCAGCAACGCGUGAUCAAGGCGCUUGUCGAGCUCGCGAGCGCCGAGGCAGCCGCCCACGUCGUGCGCGUCUUUACGCACCGCGCCGUGGAGUUCGUGAGUGAGGCGGAGGACGGCCGCAGACCUGAGCGGGGGCGCGGCCCGCUAGCGUCGCCACAGGGCAACGCCCAGCCGCGGCCCAUCUGCGCAGAGGUGCGCUACUACCUCAACGCCUAUUACAGCACCCCGAAUGGCCAGAGCCGCUUCCACCCAAACGGGGAGCGCAACUACCACCGUGCCAUCGUCGUGCGGCAUCAGGAAAAAGACAUGAUGAAUACGGUGGACCCGCACGACGCGGCCCUCGUCGCGGUGCGGGCGCCGCGGGAGUGGCAGCACGACGCCCACGCGAACCGUCUCGCCUCCGUGCCAGACGCGGACUCACCGGAGCGGGCGGAGUCCGGAGUGUCCGGUGAGCGCCGUCCACCCGCUGCACUGCCGCGGUCGUCGCACCAGCACCAGAGGGAGGAUCGAUUCGAUCGGCGACGGCGCUCCCCGCCGGCACGUCGAGGCCGCAGCGGCAGACGCUCCCGCAGCUCGUCACGCUCACGCAGCUACUCCUACUCGGGGUCAUCGUCACGCUCGUCGUCGUCGCCAUCGCGGUCGUCAUCGCGGUCGUCGUCCCGCUCACGCCACUUUCGUGGUCGUCCGCGACGGGAGGAGGCACGGCGCGACGUCAACAGCCGUUACGAUCGCAACCGUCCGGCGAGGGGGCCGGAGCGGUACGAGGCUCCGGCGUCGACGUUUUCCUCUGUUCCUCCUGCGGCAACGACCAUUUCUUCCCAGCUCUUUUCCACUACCUCUGGUCCGCGGAGUGGCGAACGUCAAGCGGAGAAUCCUGCCAUGCAGCCGCAACCGCAGCAGCAGCAGCAGCCAAGCUCUGCAGCGGCGCAGGCGGUAUCUGCAGUUCCGCUGCCGCCGCCUCGUGUGGAGGGCGACGCCUUGCCGCCUGGAUGGCGCCCGAUUUUCUCCGAAGAGUACAAGCAGACCUACUACGCCUAUCGGGAUCCGCAGACAGGGGCGGAGACGACGACGUGGGAGCGGCCGAGAGCGUGA